CUGCCCUCGCCGUGGACACCGUUGGGAACUCAGUUUUUGCUGUCAUCCGCCUCGCCCAUUCGCCGCCAUCCGAAAUCCGCCCUCCGCCCGUUCACCGUCAUCCGCCCACCGUCCCCGCCCGUGAAAGAAGGCCUAAUCUCAAUGUCUCCGUUCAAACACCCGUCUUUGACGCGCCUGGUUUCCUGCCGGAAUUUAUUCCGGCAGCAGACAUCGAAUUUUUAUAGUUGCAGCCAGAAUCGGCGCCUGAAUCGCAUUUCUGGUACCGUCGCUUUUCCUUCGUCGGAUAAAAUUGUAGACGGUCGGUACAACAAUUAUAAAAUCUCGGAUUUCGUAAAUUCAUCAAGCGCUGGCGGAGAUGUUUUCCAGAAAAGAGGCUUUUUGGGUUGUUCCGAUGGCGGAGAGGGGAGUAAUCUAUCCAAAGUGUACGAAGAAAGACGUGUUUUAGGAUACUCACAGGAACAAUUGUUCAAUGUGGUUGCUGGUGUUGAUAUGUACCAAGAUUUUCUGCCUUGGUGUCAAAGGUCAGAAGUAAUUCGGCGCAAUCCUGAUGGAACUUUUGAUGCCGAGUUAGAAAUCGGGUUUAAAUUUCUUGUUGAAAGCUAUAUAUCCCAUGUGGAACUAAGCAAACCGAAUUCUAUUAAGACAACCUCAUCUCAAAGCAGCCUUUUUGAUCAUUUGAUCAAUGUUUGGGAAUUUAAUCCUGGGCCUGUUCCAGGAACCUGCAGCCUUUAUUUCUUAGUCGACUUUAAGUUCAAGUCGCCAUUUUAUCGACAAAUUGCCGAUAUGUUCUUCAAGGAAGUGGUGUCUCGACUGGUUGGUUCGUUUAACGACCGCUGUAAACUGAUAUAUGGGCCUGGCUUACCCAUUCUUGAAAAUACUUAUGAUCAGAGAGCAUGAAUCGAAUGUUUUGCGCUGAUGUUUCUCCAAUCCAGUUGUUUUUAUACUUGUUCUAUUGAUUUUGUGGGAAUCAAAAGUUACUUUUAGUAGAUAGUGGAAUUAGUGUUUCUGUUUACUCUGAGUAGGUUUUCUGGUAUAGAAAAAAUAUUCAUUAUUCGGAAUUGGUGGUAUUUUUGGUUGUGGAUUUGAAACUUGGGACCUUUAUUUUUAACAUGCUGAACACUACUGUUUCUUAUCCUGCUUUUGGAUACAAAUAUGACAUCUUCUGCAUUUAAACCUCAGCAUCAUUUUGUAGCAUCCUUAGCAAAUGUUACAGAUUUAGCUUCCUUCGUUUUGCUAUAAU